AGGACAAGGGUGGCCAUGACACACCUGCGUCUGCGACGGUUGAUCGUAGCUGCCGUUGUGGCAGAGAUCACGCGCCGUGUUUCAUGGAUCGGACAGGGAUGGAUUGAUCUACCGCCCACGCCCACUUGCGCUUACUUCGAUGAGCCAGGCGCUGUGCAGUCUGACAGAGAAACGAUCAAUCUUGGUGGAAUAUGCGGACGUAGUCGUGGUUGCUCCCCCCAUACUUGCGGCGUCGGGUUGCUUUUGCAUCUAUCUAGUAGGUUUGCCGGAAAGUGCUGCUUCGAGCAGGAAAAAUAGUAUAUAACCAUCCUCUAGUCCAUCUGAAACAGGAAUAUGUAUGCGCUCUGCUAAACUGGCCUGUGAGAUUUGAAUAAUCGAUCUGAUUCCGCGCAUUGCUCUUUGAGAAGCGCGGCGCUAGUGUUGGAACUGGGCAGUUGAAGCUGAGUUCGAGACUGCAGAGGUUUUGGCUCCUCGGUGCACAUCGUUUUGAAGUACAAAUUUUUUACUACUUCAAGGAUUAUACUUUGUGGAGCGACCCCUUUCAGCUUUGCAGGAUUGGUUUGUAAAUUUGGACAUGGCGACCUUAUUGGUCAGCACUCCAUUUGUGCACUCCAGUUCCCUGAGGAAAUGCACCUUGCCUGGCGAAGUACGGCAACAGAAGCGUCUGAGAGUAUCAUGCCUACUAGGCUCUGUUCCGUCAAGUGUCGGAGGUUAUAGAGAAGAUGGCAGUGACGUUUCCGGCGGUAAUGACAUCUUUCAAGCUUUAAAAAGUCCUCUUCUGAAAAUCUCCCCCGCAGCCUGGAUCGCGACGUUCCGUGAGGUUCACGACGAAGCCCACCGAACCGAUGCAGCUCCAAGGUUUCAGAAGACUGCUCCAUCCUCUGAGUACGCAACGGGGGAGAUGGGUCAAGUGGAGAUUCAUCGAUCGCAGAGGAACGUCGUAUUUACCCCAGAGAAAGCAAAACGAUUGAGGAAGGAAAAUCGUGCUACCCAAACAUUCCACGACCAAUGGUAUCAUUCCGCAAUAGCCAGCAGGCUGGCAAUUCCCGAGUAAAAAUGGUACAGGCUUUAGUUUCAAAGCUAAUAGAAGAACGUCUAAUACUUCGAUCAGAAGAACGCCAAUGUCACUGUUGCCGUCGGCAGUCACCCCUCAACAUUCUUUGAGUAGACAUUAAUAUGUCGCUCCGUAUGGUAUUAAUCUGAAGGAAUAUUCUUUGCGCAGGCCUAAACCUGUCGCCCUGGAAGUAGAAUACAUUAGAAACUUAAAUCCCGACUAUGGGGAACAAAAGAAAUAGCAAUUGUACAUGAUCAAUGACUUCGUGGGGAACAAAAGAACUAGCAAUUGUACAGAUCAACGUCUCCACGCAUAUUAUGAAACUGUGUCUUCAGACGCAUUUAACUCAUAUUGCCCGAA